AUGUUUGACCAAGCUAAGAGUAUGGGCGAUGGAGUCACCGAGAACCGAAACCACUUUGGACCCAAUUCGUUGCGCCGUGACGGCGGUGGAGACGCUAAAACUCUGGCGGAAGUGGGAAGCCGCAGUUCCGGCGACGCUCAUGCGGGGACAUCCGCGUCCACCCCGAGCUCCUCCAGCGAGGACGGACACGACAAACUGUUAGGAGUGGACCCUGACUACUGCCGCAGGAUUUUAGUUCGAGAUGCUAAAGGCACUAUUCGUGAGAUCGUUUUGCCUAAAGGCCUGGACUUGGACCGGCCGAAGCGUACGCGCACCUCUUUCACUGCCGAGCAGCUCUACCGGCUCGAGCUUGAGUUCCAGCGCUGUCAGUAUGUAGUGGGGCGAGAGCGCACGGAGCUCGCCCGCCAACUGAACCUCUCCGAAACUCAGGUGAAAGUCUGGUUCCAGAACCGACGUACCAAGCAGAAGAAAGACCAGACCAAAGACUCAGACAAGCGAACUUCAUCCACCUCUGAGUCACUGGCUACAUGUAAUAUUCUGCGUCUGCUUGAGCAAGGGCGCUUGCUGUCAGUGCCUGCACCUCCUCCAAACCCACUGCUUGCACCGCCACAUGCUGCAAAUGGCUCACUCCUUGGAGGACCAUCUGUGUCUUCCUCUCCUGGGGUAAGCAGUACAGUCACAACUCCAGCAAUUGUGGCUAGUAGUGCGGGAACUUUUGGCCUAUCGCUUUCCUCACUCGGUGCUACGCCGCCCUCACCAAGGCUUGGGGUAGCACCCCCAUCCCUUUUUUCCAUGCCACUUAUGAGUGGUGCUCAUCAUGAACUCACAACAAGCUAUGGGUGUGGAUCAUCAGCUUUUGAGCCCUAUACAAGGACAGAGAGAAAAGAUGGAGACUUGGGAGCAAAGAAGACAGUAUCCUAA